AUAGACAUGGGAAAGGGGGAAAUUCCUAACAGCCCGCCUCAAUGGAGUUUUCAACUCUUUUUGAAAAUUCAUUCAAUAGGGUUUCAAAUUUAACCAUUUUUCUUCACUGAAUUUCAAUUUCAACAACUCUUCUUCUCAAUUUCUUCGUAUAUUCUAGAAUCUUCUAUCACCAAUUUUUACCCUAAUUCAGAAGCUUCGAGAAUAAGCUAUGGUUAGAAUUGCAAAACGCGAACCAGUGAAUGGCGCUAGCAGUAGCAACAACAACAACAACGGUUCAGUGGAUGAAGAAACUAUAAUAGGGCGAAGAGUUCUUCGCUCUCAUUAUCUCAAUUUUAAGUCUCGGAUUUCUGAUGAGAGGGAUAAUAUAUCAACAGCUGAUUCAGAUAGAUUUAAAUCAAUAAUUGAGGAAGUUGAAAGGCUACAUCAGCAAGUACAAAAACCUAGGGAACAGGUUGCUGAUGCUGAGGCCUUGCUGGACAUCACAAACACGUUGGUGACAACUGUAAAAGCACAUAGUAAUGGAGGAGUGACCCCUUCAGAUUUUGUUAGUUGCUUACUUAGGGACUUUGGCCAAGAAGGUGGAUCUAGUAGCAGGACAGAAGAGGAUGGAAGCUCUAUACACUGGAAAGAUGUUGGUCGUGCAGUCUCUCAUGUUUUCAGGGUUGCUCCUGGAUGCUGCACUAUGAUUGGACCUAUGAACACUGAAAUUAAGCAACGCAAUCCUGUGGUUCGUAAAAAGCGUGUGAUACCAACAGAAAGUGAACGCCCCGAGGAGCUAGAUGAAACUGUUGAAGACAAGACAGAGACCGACAAGAAUAUGGCUACAAUGUUCCAAAUUCUAAGAAGGCAUAAGUGUGUCAAGCUUGAAAACUUGAUCUUGAACAGAAGAUCCUUUGCACAAACAGUUGAAAAUUUGUUUGCCCUAUCAUUUCUAAUUAAAGAUGGUCGGGCUGACAUAACUGUUGAUGACAAACGCUGUCAUAGGGUUUCACCAAGGAAUGCUCCUGCAUCUAAUGCAGUCCUUUCUGGGCAGGUUUCUUAUAACCACUUUGUCUUUAGAUUUGACUUCCAGGAUUGGAAGCUUAUGUUGGCUUCUGUUCAUGUUGGUGAUGAAUUAAUGCCACACCGAAAUGAAGUGGAUAUACCAGCCAAUUCUCAACCGGCAUCAAACGAUGUAGAUAAUGAACAAGCUGUCUCAACAACACCGAUAAGGAAGUUAUCUAGGAAUCGUGGUCUGGUUUUGCAAGAGCAGACUGUAGUUGAAGACUCCCCAGAAACUGACAAUUCUGCAAGAGCUGCUGCCAUUAGGAAAGGAAAGCGAAAGCUCACACAGGACUAGCUGCAGCUUGUCCACUUUGAGAUGAUGCAGGGUGUUCCAUAGUUAUUUGUUAACUAUUUAGGAGAUUGUUUACUGCCAUCAGAUUUUAUUUCCCCUCGCCCUUUUGGCCAAUAUCUCUUUGGUUAAUAGACGUAGAGGUACCAAACGGACAUUGUUGUCAUUUGAAUUGUUUUCCUUUCUUGUAACAUAGUGGGGAAGGGGACUUGGGAAUUCGAAUGUUGGGAAACCCCACAAGUGAGCUUUAUGCUUACUGUAAAAUGUUCUCUUUGUAGUAAUGGUGACACGGGGCUGGUAGUAAUAAUUUAGUGUUUGUUUCCAAA